CAUUAGUUAUCAUUAGUUCACUUGCAGAAACCCACACCAUGGAUCUCAUGAUUCUUUUUGAGCAUCCGUCUUUUGAAUCCAAAGUAUCCUCACCAACCAUAAUUCUAGUAACACUGCUUGCCCUUGUUGCAGGAUUCUACUACAAACAUAAGGCCUCAAAACAUGCAGGCAAGAAACUCCCACCUGGUUCAUUGGGAUUUCCACUCGUGGGCGAGUCUAUAAGCCUUGUGAGGGCACAGAAACGAGACAAGAUUGAUGAUUGGAUGUGGAAACGGAUCGACAAGUUCGGACCAAUAUUUAAAACCUCAAUUUUCGGUACCAAGACUGUGGUUCUGACAGGCCAAGCUGGCAACAGGUUUUUGUUCAGUGGAGGUGAUGGCAUCUCUUACAAGCAACCAAAGACGAUUGCCAGCAUACUAGGAAAGUACAGCCUCUUUGAGAUUUCUGGGUCUCGGCAUAAGCUUAUCAGGGGUGCAAUAGUUGGGUUUUUGAAGCCCGAGAGAAUCCAGAAAAUUGUAGGUGAAAUAAAUUUACUGGUCCAGCAACAACUAUCCAAGGAAUUGGAUGGAGAAGAUUCUGUAAAGAUAGUUCCAUUCAUGAAGAGGAUUGCAUUCAAUAUCACUUGCAAUAUCUUUUUUGGAAUACCAGACGGGAAGGAAAAAGAUACGCUCUUUGAAGAAUUCUCAGUUGCUGUUAAAGGGUGUUGGGCUGUUCCCUUGGAUAUUCCAGGGACUGUAUUUCAUAGAGCAAUGCAAGCUCGAGCUCGCCUCUGCAAAAUACUCUCAAAAAUUAUUGAUGAAAGGAAAAGACAAAUGGAAGAAGGGACAGUUGAUGUCAAUGAAAACAUCAUCUACAGCUUUCUUAGUCUGAGAGACGAAAAUGAUGAACCUUUGAUAGAAGAGGAGAUUCUUGACAUGGUCCUAUCCUUAAUAAUGGCUAGUCAUGAUUCAACCACGAUUCUCUUGUGCCUGCUCGUGAGGCUCCUUUCUCGAGAUGCCGAGAUAUACAACAAGGUUCUGGAAGAGCAAAGGGAGGUCAUCAAGGUUAAAGGAGGCAGAGAUGGGAAGAUCACAUGGAACGAAAUUCAAAUGAUGAAGUAUAGCUGGAGAGUAGCUCAAGAGGUCAUGAGAUUUUAUCCUCCAAUUUUUGGCAACUUUCGACAGAUAACCAAAGACAUCGAGUUCGAUGGCUUCGAUAUUCCCAAAGGAUGGCAGGUUUUGUGGGUGGCUUCUGGGACGCACAUGGACAAGAGCAUUUUUGAAGAUCCAGAGAAGUUCGAUCCCUCAAGAUUCGACACUUCAUCUAAAACAUUCCCUCCAUACACCUAUGUUCCUUUUGGAGCAGGCCUGCGCAUCUGCCCUGGAGCAGACUUUGUUCGAAUUGAAUCAAUGCUGGUAAUCCAUCAUUUUAUAACGAAGUAUCAGUGGAAAGAAAUCAUUCCUGACGAGCCUAUAAUUCGUGAUCCCAUGCCUUAUCCAGCAAUGGGCCUUCCUGUAAAGUUUUAUCCAAGAAGUGGCGAUCUGGCCAUAGCAGGCAACGAUAUCUGAUCCUUCUUGACCACUGGAUGCGGUAGCCGAUGAAGCUACAGUGUAGAUGGUUUUUUUUUUUUUUAAUAACAUGGGUGUCCGGAAUAGCUUGCGCGUACCUCAAUUAAUUUCACGGUCUAUGAAGUUAACAAUCAUAUAAGCCUCCAGUGACCCUGAGAUUUAUGGGAUUCAAACUAGUAAUCUCUACAGAGCAAAUCUAGAAUAUAAUAGUUAAACUACACACCUUAAAAUUAUUUCUUGAUAAUUAUAUUUACGUGUUAGUGUUGCAAGGAACGGCAUAUUUAUGUGUUAUGUAGUGAUCUAUUAUAUUUUA